AUGUUGAUUGAAACGAUCGAGGUACUCUGUUACUUGAUUAAAAAUCGGAAGCAGCAGUACCUGAAAAAUCAAAUGUAUAGGACUGUGAAGUUACAGAAUUUUAUGAGAAAUAUAGAGAAAAUUAAAGUUGAAGUACAGGAAUUGGCUGUUGUACAGCAAAAGCAAAGAUCAGACUUUAUUCAGUUUCAAAGAAAUGCUAAAAUGGAUUGGAAAGCAGUAGAGUUACUAAGAACAAAAGUCAAGAAAAACAAGGACCAUGCAUUUGAAAUUCAAGUUAGGGAAUUCUCAUCAAAGAUGUUAGCUAAUAGUUGUAAAUACGAAAGUAAAAAAAAGUCUGUCGAAAAGGAAGUAGAAUUGUCUAAACUCCAUUCAACAUUUAUGGGUGAAAUACAGAACUCUCAACUAAGUAAUCUAUACCAUGUACGAUGUAAAGUAAGAAAACGAUGUUUGGACCAACUGGCGAAAUACGAUGAAAACAUAAAACUGCUUUAUACAUAUGAAAUGACUCUCCUACGAGAUAAAGAUUGCCUUGUGAAAGAUUAUGCUGCUAUGCAGAGUAAAAUUCUUGAGCAACAUAGUUUGUACAAUCAGUUGAAAGAAGAACAAGAAUUAAAUGCAAUGAAAGCUUCAUUAGCUAAAGUAGAACGAUUUCGUUUGAAUCGUGCCGCAAAACUUAUUCAGGAAACUUGGAGAUCAUAUUGUAUACGUGUGUGCUCGAAGAAAAAAAGAAGCAGGAAGUAA